AUGCGUCGCGACCGUCGCUUGUUCACGUGGAAAUGGCGCGACUUCGUGUUGGAACGCACGCGUCUCCAAUACUUCAGCCAGAAGGGCAACCGCAAGGGAGACAUCCCUCUCACGCCACACACGCCCAUCACCAUCCGCAUGUGCAGCGAGCCCAAACCGUUCGGCUUCUUGCUGUUUAUUAAAGACACCAAACUCACCCUGGCUGCUGCCACCGAGCGAGAGCGACACCAGUGGAUCGACGUCUUCUGUGACGUCUUCCACGCCAGCGUGGAGCAGACACCGACCGACAACAAGUCGGAGCGUCGAGCGAAGCCCACGUACUUGCCCAUCCCCGAUCUGGGGGGCGAUGACUUGGACCAUAACAGUAGCGCAAGUAAUUUACUCGUGCAUCAAAGCAGCUCGAUGGACACGGGGGACUUUAUGGACGGGGGAGGCGCGUCGACCCCCGUGAUGGCGCACAAUGUGCUGGACAACGACCAUGUGGGCCACAUGAAGCGAGAUUCCUUCGGAGAAGACGUCAUCCCGAUCUUAGAGUCCCGAAUGACGUAUGGACCCAUGAAAGAAAUGUACUCUCGCAUCACAUUCCCCCCCAGUCUAGCAAACGGCGACUUGUUGGUGGGUGUGGGGCCCAUUGUGCGUCGUAUGGGCUGGACGGACGAGCGGAUCUUGGCUGUGGGCAUGUAUAUCGACCCGGAGACAGCUACCAGAGAGCUGGACAAGUUCCAUGGACGCGACGCCAAGAGUUUGUACGGAGACCAGCAAUUCUACGACCAUUUCCUCUUCCAAACGACAUUUCGACGCAGCUUUGUGGUCACAGCACGGAAACGCGUGUCCAAAUCAGUGCUCACGGCUCUGCUACGUGACGAAUUGGCCCCUCGAAUGGGAGGAAACGCAGCUGCACUUAGCACAUUCCUCGGGUUCAUUGAGAAAUCGCUCAAGAAAGCCGAGUCCAUGGUCAUGCGGGUACACGAGGACGACCGCUUCGAAUACCGACUACGAGGCCAACUGUACCCGCCGAUUGCGUCGCAUGCUCUUUGCAAAAGCAUCCAAGCCCUUUUCUUCGACAGUAACUCGAUCCAACACGACGCCAAACGCGGAUUGGUGGAGCGUCUGCCGUCGCUUUGGGGUGGAGAAGUACUCGAUGCACAGGACGAGAUCUUUGGCAGUCUUCACGACCGGAUUCAGAGCUUGGACAUGACCAAGCCGCGUAAAGGCAGUCGAGCCAGGAGACACAGUCAACUUGGCCCUCCGAAGAUCCAUCGACAGCCGUCAACUCAAGACGAAUGGGCCGAUUACGACGACGAAGAGCUCGAGAUGUUGCGCAGAGAGAGUCGAAGUCUCAUGGUGCAUUUCGGCCCCGUGGUGGACCGAGACAGUAGCGUCAUGUUCAGUGGCGACUUGGUGGUCGACGGCAGCGCGUUGUUGGGCACGUGGGCGCACACGUUCUCCGUGUCGACAGAGGAAUACGACGAGCCCUAUGGCUCUCACCAAUACCGAUUCACUGUGGGGUUGUAUGUGGAUCCUGGAGCUCUGACUGAAAGUCUGCUCAAGUACAAGGGCCUGUCCAUCGGCAGUAUCGUUCAAGACACCGACUACUUUCACCAAUUCUCGCAUGGCAAGUUCCAGAAACAUUUGGUGUUCAAAGUGGACGCCAAGAUGAAGCUUCGAUAUCUGCUCGAGUUUUUCGACACGCGUUUCAGCUCGUUAGUGUCGUCGUUUGAAGACGUAAAGCAGCCUCUUGAUCGCUUAGUGGAGCUCUGGGACACCGCGCAUUCGCAACACCAGCAGCUUGAAUUGUGUCCGAAAGAUGAAGCUCGAUUCUCGAUUAAUCCCGAUGGAAAAUUUGUUUUACGAGUGAAGAAACGCGGCUCUUUUAGGGACGACAAGAAGCCAAAUCACUCGGUCGCAACUAAUGAGGAGACUACCGUUCACAGUGCUGGAGGCAGCGAGUCUACCGCGUCUUCCACGUCUCGUACAGGCGAGACUACGCUUCCUCACACCAGCAGCUUCCGUCCUAUAGAGUUGGAGCUGACACUACCUCCUCCGCCGUUCCAUUUGGCGUUAGAGAGCCUGAUCUUCGGCUUCCACGCGAUCGAACCCACCGCGCGUACCCAACUCAUGGAGCGCGUGCCGAACCUAUUGGAUCUGGCUCGGGACGACCUCGUCCACACGUAUCACGACGAAAUCCAAGCGCUGCGAGAGAACUACAAGCGCCAGAAGCCCGAGAACCGCGUCAAAGUCGGGUAUCUGUCCAUCUCGUUCGAGAAGCGCAAGCUGCAACGAAAUGCGGAGAAAGGAGGCGCCAAGGAGGUGACGAUGGUGCCGUCACGCUGGUCCAAGCGCUGGUGCAGACUGGACGGCACGUUGUUCUCGUAUUACUCGCACAAACGCUCUCGCAAGUACCGCGACAUGAUGGAGCUGACACGCUGCGAAGUCGUCGAGAUCACGGCGAAUAGCGGGCCGGAUGUCUCGCGGUUCGCGUUGGAGAAAGGCGAGAACGACAGCAUCCGGAUCGCAAUUAUCAAGCCGAAUGGAGAGAUCCUGGCGCUACGAACAGAGACGAUCUACGAAGGCGAAGAGUGGCUCGAGUCGCUCACGGACGCGAGCAAAGUGCGGCGUCAUGUCGGCUCUAGUGACAACUGGACGUCGUGGGAUGCCAACUUUUCCCAGCUCCGACGACGCAGUAGCAGCACGAGGGACCUGCUGCCUAACCGAGGCGAUAGAAGCGGCUCCUCGGCCAGCGCGAUGCACAGUGAGCGACGUUCUAGUGUCGAACACGACGCCAAGAUGAACGGCAGUCAGGCGCUGGACGAAGACGUGGACGAACAUGUCGAAGCGUACGACAGCGACGAGGAGCUGGUGGAGAAGGACGGAUCGUUGCUCGCGUGGAUGCAAGAAGACCCUCGACACGCUGUCAUCGCCUUCUUGGUGGUGCUUAUCGUGUACCUGGCGUCGGUCAUGCAUCGCACACAGCCUGUCGUCAUUGAGUCGUAG